AGCAUCUUCCAAAUUUUAACGGUUUCUUCUUACUUAACUCACACAAGCUAACGAGCUCAUUAAAGGUUGUACCAUACCAUAAAGGCUGUACCAUUGAUUAAUCAAGAUUCAAGAUAUAAGACAUCGGAGCAUUAUUUAUUAACAGGAUUCAAAAUGAGUAAACUGGGAUCGCUGGCAGACGGUUCGCUGUCCUUGAUGAGCAGAAGGAAUCACUCCAGGAAGACAAGUUCUCUGUAUGUUAUUCCUGAAGGAAAACUUUCCUUGAUGAAGAAUAACGACGCACUGGGAAAGAACAUAGACUUUGGAAAGCCGGUUCUUUAUAGAAACGGCAUCCAACCUAAUCCCAUUGCGAGCCGUGACGACGGAAGGGACAAGUAUGAACUUGGCUCUUAUGGUUAUGGAAAGAGUAGCGUGAAGUUGCUUCAUGUGCACAGAGAUGGCGCUUAUCAUGAUAUCCGAGAAUACGAAGUGGACACGCAUUUGCGUUUAAAUUCGCAAAAAGAUUAUCUUGAGGGUGACAAUAGGGAUAUUAUCGCUACAGAUAGUCAGAAAAACACUGUUUAUCUACUAGCUAAGAAAUAUGGUGUAAAAUCUCCUGAGGAAUUUGGAAUUCUUCUAUGCGCCCAUUUCCUUUAUACAUAUAAGCAUGUCGAGGAGGUUAACGUGAACGUCUUAGAAUAUCCUUGGUCUAGACACGAGGUCAAUGGAGUAGCUCAUAAUCAUGCUUUUGUAUUUAGUCCUACUGCCAUUAGAUACUGUCAAGUUUCACAAUUAAGAAACGAGUCGCCAAAGAUCCGCGGCGGACUCAAGGAUCUUCGGGUUCUUAAAACCACGCAGAGUUCAUUCACUGAUUUCAUUCAGGACGAGUAUAGGACAUUGCCGGAUGCUAAUGAUAGGAUCUUUAGCACAGUCGUUACGGCUUCCUGGGACUUUUCCACAGCUUCCGGAGUAAAUUUUGAUCAGGUCUGGCAAACUGUUAAAGAUUGUAUACUCGAAAAUUUUGCUGGACCACCUGAAACUGGCAUUUACUCACCAAGCGUUCAGAAUACACUCUAUUUGGCGGAGAAAAAUGUCCUGGAUAAAGUGGAUCAGAUUUACAGCAUCGAGAUGAAGAUGCCAAACAAGCAUUAUUUCGACAUUGAUCUAACGAAAUUCCAGAAAGUCGUACAGGGUGAAAACAAAGAGGUGUACCUUCCGGUAGACAAGCCUUCCGGUAUCAUAUAUGCCCAGCUCGAUAGAAAAGUGACAACGUCAAAGUUAUGAAAUUUCUAUUUAAUAAAGUGAUCACCGAACAAUUGCCAUCUACGGAAUAUAUCCUAAGCAUCUGUAUUAUGUCACGAACCGUUAAUGGUCGUUGCGUAAUGCCGAGAUAGAUAUUAAUUACGUUUUCGUCGAUGGACUCGAAGAUUCGAGGGCUAACGCUUUCACUUUUUCACGACUCACGUGCAUUUAUUAGCGAUACUCAAUUUGUAAAUAUAUCAGUAUUUGUAUUGUAAUGUCAUGUGACGCUGUUAAAUUUCAAUGUUUUUGAUUAUUUUGAUUACUCUGAUUAUGAAAUCAUUAAUGCGUCACUACUGUUAUUUAAUAGAUUGUUAAAUAAUUUUAAAAAUCUUCCAAGGUUACUUUAAUUGGGUUGUUGUUAUGAUAAUUAUUUUAAUAAAUUGAACAAUUUUUAUUCUUUA